GCAAGGAAGACCGAGAUUAGCUGUGUUUUGCCAACAUGGACAAGGGGAUGUGUGUCGUCUGUCGUCCAUCCCUCUCAUUAGCUUUUGGAUAGCUACGCUUAGCCACCCAUCAGGUGGAACAGAUUUUCCUGACAAGCAUCCAAUGGAAGGAUUUUGUUUGUUUAUACUUACCAUGUAGAACAGUGAAAUAAAAUGUCAGAAAUCAAUAACAAUAAUUAUACAAAAUAAGAACUGGAAAAAAUAAUUCGCUUCAGUCAAGAUGUGAUUCCUGGUGUAAACGAUCGUGAGGAUGCUGAGGCAUAAAUACGUGGUGUGUGUAGUGGUGGGCGUGUUUCUGUCCUGGAACGUCAUCAUGUACUAUGUCCUGAUGUCACGGCACCCGAGAACGGCGAGCAAGCUGAUCCCCGCUUCCAUGGAGCUGGACAUCUUGGACAUUGGCAUCCAAAACCAGCUGAGACAGAACCUGGCAUUGCUAACAAAGCUACAAAGUCUGCGUAAUGAAACAGAGAGGAAUCCUAUGCCAAAUAAACCAGGUCCCAUGGUGCUACCGGACAGAAAAGGAGACGGAAGUAAUCUCGGCAAAGUGGUGCUACCAGUACUGAUGAUCGCCUGUGACCGUGUUACUGUCAGUCGGAGUCUGGACCAGCUCAUCAAGCAUCGUACUACAAAAGAGCAAUUCCCUAUCAUAGUGAGUCAGGAUUGUGCAAACAAACCCACAUCUGACGUCAUACAGAAAUAUGUCACUUCAGACAAUGUCAUACACAUCAAGCAUCCUAACCAGUCUAAUUUUGAGCUGAAUAAGAAGGACAAGAAGUUUGUGGGUUACUAUAAGAUUGCUCGUCACUACAAGUGGGCGCUGGACCAGGUUUUCUUCAAGUUUAAUUACUCCACUGUCAUCAUUGUAGAAGAUGACCUUGACAUUGCACCGGAUUUUUUUGAGUAUUUUUCGGCAACCUAUCCAAUUUUGACCUCUGACCCUUCAGUGUGGUGCGUGUCAGCCUGGAAUGACAAUGGGAAAAAUGGCAUGGUGUCGGAUGAGCCAGAGCUACUGUACAGGUCCGACUUCUUCCCUGGACUUGGCUGGAUGAUGGAGAAGAAAAUCUGGCUUGAGCUCGGCCCUAAGUGGCCUAUUGCGUUUUGGGACGACUGGAUGCGCUACCAGGACCAGAGGAAGGAGCGAGUUUGUAUACGACCGGAGAUCUGUAGAACAAGUACAUUCGGCAAGAAGGGGGUCAGCAAGGGUUUAUUCUAUGAGAAACAUUUAAAACACAUCAAGUUGAAUGACAAGUUUGUAGCAUUCACCAAGAAAGAUUUAUCCUACCUCAGCAAAAAGAACUAUGACCCCUGGUUCACCCGUCAGGUAUAUGACACGCCGGAGGUGACGGUUGCCGAGGUGAUGUCUGGCAGUAAGAAACACCUUAAAGCACUGCGUGUUACUUACACCACAAAGGAUCAGUACAAGACCACGGCAAAGAAGCUUGGCAUCAUGGACGACUUCAAGGCGGGUGUCCCCCGUGUGGCAUACAGAGGAGUUGUCAGCUUCAUCUUCCACGGACAGAGAAUUUAUCUUGCUCCAAAGCAGGACUGGCAAAAAUAUGACCCCAAAUGGACGUGACCUUGACCACUUGGACUUUCAUUUCAUUGACCUUCACAUACAUUUCAUAUUAGGUCAGCAUGCGGUCAUCUGGUGCAGUUUGACCACUCCUACAAACUUUCCCCUGUGGUCAGCGGUGUAUGACUGGUCAAGUUUGGCCAACCCUAUCUGUGAUCAACACUGUAUGUAAGCAGCUGACUUGAGAAAAAAAUCAUGGAAGCCUAAAUUUAUUAUGUAUUCUCCAUAUUACUCUAGCAUUCCAGGCUUGUACAAAUGGCUGUCUCAACAAAAAAACAAUCUGAGGAAAUCCUUGACAUAUUAUUGAUAACAUUCUGAGAGAGAUUGAGAGAGAAUGGGUGACUUACCAUAACAACAAAUAUUCUGGGCGAGAGCACAUUACACCCCCUGAGGUUUCAUAAUGGACUAUUCCAACCUUGGAAUUGGAGGAGUUCAAAUGUGUCCUCAGGGGUGAAUGCAUUAAUGACAAAUAUUCAGCGUGAGAGAAAUUGAUUUAAUGACAAACAUUCUAGGAGAGAAAUUGAUUGAACGACAAACAUUCUGUUUGAGAGAACUUGACUUAAUGACGAAUAUUCUGUUUGAGAGAAAUUGACAUAAUGACAAACAUUCUAGGAGAGAAAUUGAUUUAAUGACAAAUAUUCUGGCUGAGAGAACUUGAUUUAAUGACAAAUAUUCUGGGUGAGAGAACUUGACUUAAUGACAAAUAUUCUGGGUGAGAAAACUUGACUUAAUGACAAACAUUCUAGGAGAGAAAUUGAUUUAAUGACAAAUAUUCUGUUUGAGAGAAAUUGAUUUAAUGACAAAUAUUCUGGUUGAGAGAUCUUGACUUAAUGACAAAUAUUCUGGGCGAGAGGAUUUGACAUAAUGACAAAUAUUCUGGGCGAGAGGAUUUGACAUAAUGACAAAUAUUCUGGGCGAGAGGAUUUGACAUAAUGACAAAUAUUCUGGGUGAGAAAAAUUGACUUAGUGAUGAAUAUUCUGGGCGAGAGAAAUUAACUUGAUGAUGAAUGUUCUGUGCGAGAGACGAUACGAAAGAUAAUGACAAACACAAGACAGAAAAUGGCUUUUUAAAAUGACAACUUUAUAUACAUUAAUGAAAGUAAAUGACUCGGUGGUUAACUUUCUGUAUCGGAUGUUUGGUUCAAUGAUAAAUGUUAUGACAGAAAAUGGCUGAUAACCAUUCUGGAGAGAGAAAAAUGUUGAUGUAAUGACAAACAUAAGAGUGAAAAUUUACUUUUUUAUGUGAGAGAGAAAGAGAGAGAGAGAAAAAAUGGCCUUAUGAGAAAAAUGGCUAUCUUAAAAGAUAACCAUUCUUAAAGGGAGAAAAAAGUUGACAAUGAUAUCCGUUCCAAGAAAGAAAAUGGCAGUUUGAGGAUAUUUGUAUUUUUUGUUGUAUUGUUCUCCAUGGUGAUGGAUAUACAUGUGAAAUCAUUUAAUAUAUAUUUAUCAAUAUAAGAAUGAGUUUUUAAAAAUAAUUGUUAUAUUUCUGCUGUUGACGUCUUUCAGGGUUAGUAUAUUGUUGCAUUGUGGGGGUGUAUCACUUUCAGAGUAAGUCCACUGUUGCAUUGUGAGGCCAAGGGGUUAUCACUUUCAGAGUUAGUCCACUGUUGCAUUGUGGGGUAUAUCACUUUUAGGGUUAGUCCACUGUUGCAUUGUGGGGGUAUAUCACUUUCAGAGUAAGUCCACUGUUGCAUUGUGGAGGUGUAUCACUUUCAGAGUUAGUCCACUGUUGCAUUGUGGGGAUAUAUCACUUUGAGGGUUAGUCCACUGUUGCAUUGUGGGAGUAUAUCACUUUGAGGGUUAGUCCACUGUUGCAUUGUGGGGGUGUUUCACUUUCAGGUUCAGUCUGUUUUAUUGUUGUAGGACAGAAGUCGAAGAUAUAUAGUUUGUAAAUAGGAUCAUUAUAUAUCCAUUCACAGAUUUGAUAUAGGAAAAUCUUGACCUGAGGUGUAAGAUUCUAAGUUGCCAAACCUGGGUUUAACUCAUUCACCCCUGAAGUUUCAUAAUGAACUAUUCCAACCUUUGAAUUGGAAGAGUUCAAAUGUGUCUUCAGGGGUGAACGAGUUGAAGAAAUCAUCUCCUGCAGUGUCUGCCUGUCUCCACAAAGAUGGUAUUAUUCCAGAGUAAACGUUUUUGUUUGUGAUUAUUAGUACUGUUGAAUGAUGCACUUUUUAUAUGCUUUUAAGAAACCAUCAGAGACUUUGAGAUAUAAGUCAUUUUCAAUUUUCAAUACUUUGAAUCCCUUAAAUAGUUUUAAGCUCAACUGUUUGAUGGGCAAAUGAAUGAACACCAUGGUACAGAGUCCAUCCUCUGUCUGUCCAGCAUCAACUGUUUUCUAAAAAUGAUUACUCCUAAAUAUAUUUGCAUCAGAUACCUUAAAAACAUUUACACAACUUAUUCUGAAUAUUCAACAGGUCUACUAAUGAAAUGUUAUCAAGUUUGUUCAAUUGAAUAUCCUUGACCCAAAGCAGCAUGCUGGGAUAUAAGUCUGUUAACCCUUUCACCCCUGGGUAACUUUAGUGGACUCUACCAUGCAUUUAUUGGGAUGAGUCCAUUAUGGUCUACAGUGGUGAAAGGGUUGAAAUUCAUGAAGCUGACCCACUUUUUAAGUAACAAGACAAAUGUGUUAAAACCCUCCAUACCUGUUCUUGUCACAUGCUGUCAACUUUAAUUUGCUAAAAUGAAUAUGAACUGGACGUUUUUUGAAGGCGACAGAGACAUUACCAAUAUCAUUGAGCACAGGUUUGCAAAGCAGGCCCAUUAGGCAUCUCUUGUUUUAAUUUUGCUUUAUUACAAAGUUUAUAUUUACCAUUUAGUGCUGUAGAUAUUAAUAUUCCUGAACUCUUACAUUUUUGUAUGUGUUUAAUUACUAAAGUAACAGAAAUAUGCAUGUUACUUAAGAAAUAAUAAAUGUAUUAUGGUGGAAUAUAUAAUGAGGGUGAGAAACUGUUUGAAAAAAUAAAUAAUGAAGGGGCCUGAGUUGAUUAUUUUUCCAACAUAUUGUAUCCCUAUUAAAGAUUCCACCAUACUAUACAAACAUAUGUUGAUUAUAUCUAUUCUACCAAGUAAAUUGUAAUGAAAGUCUUUUUCGUGUCUACCUCAAGUGUUCAUACUCCUAAAUGAUAAUCAAGGUGACCAAAUAAUUUACCUAUAAUUAUUUUAAUUAGGCUGUUCUUUUGCGUGCCAUAACCCUGUUUACAGUUGUCCUAUUUUGUAUCUUUAACCUGGUUAUGUUUCAUUUUCAGGCACCAUUUGGUCGACAUAUACAUGUAAUAAACAAUUAACACUGAUGUCAUAUUUUAUACCAGAUAUUUAUUUCAAUCAAUCAAACACACCACUCUAUCGUCAUCGCUCAUCAACACAUGAAAUCAGCAUUUGACAGAUUUUCAAACACUAAUUCAUGUCCGACUGUUGCGGUAAGUUUGUCGGAAUAUUCUAACCGUGAGCUUGACAUUUUCCAAAUGUUUAGUAGGAACUUUUUGUGUAUCUGCCAACAAAUCUUCAAAUACAUGUACCCUCAUUAAAUAUUGAUAACUUGAUAACAGUCCUGCGGCUCGCCUGUUUACAUUCACGGGGAAGGUUUUUGGAAGAUUGUUGGUCCGUUUUAAAAUAAUACAUGCAACUGCAUGGUCUAUAAUCCAAUAAUGCAUGGUUAAUGUCAUUAACCAUUGAAAAGUGUCGUGACAUCGCAAACGUCGUGAUUAAAGGAUAAUGUAUACUCACUGUAAAGUGAAAAUUCUAAAGUGUGGAAAUGUCUGCAUUGUCAUUCUUUAAACUGUUGACAGUGUGGAAAUCUUAUCUUGCAUUGGUUCUAAAAUUUAUAAAUGCUGUUUGUCAAUUAUCUAUAUAAUCUAUUCAUAAACAGUUAUGUGUUGGUAUUUGUUAACGGUUUUACUCAAUGUAAGCAAUACAAGAAUUUCCACACUGCAAAAUUUCCACUUUAAGAAGAAAAUUUCAUAAAAUAGGUACAGACUAGCCCCUGACAUUGAUGUAGCCAUCUUUACUAACAGUAAAAAAUACCUAAAUUUGGAGGAUAUAAGUCUGGUUGGUAGUUCUGAUACUUGAUUUGGGGGCGAGUAUCAUCAUUAGCCUAUGGUUUACAGGUCAGGUGGGAACUUGAUUUGGAGGUGUUAUAAUUGGCCUCUGUAUUUUGGUUCUAGUUAGUUCUUGAUUGCGUUUGAAACUCUGCUUUAACUGCACUUGUGUAUAAAGGGCACUAUUUUAUCACGUAAUAUGUGACUGUUACAUUCUUUUUAACUGUAUUUAAACAGAUGAUAUCAAAUUCAGUUGAUCAUUUAAUGUUUAUGGUAUACUUGUGUUGAAUAUUUAAUAUUUAUGUAAUUUAUAUAACUUUACCCAGAUUUAAGCAUUAAUGUGAUUAAUGUCUUAAUUAUAUUGUAUGAGAGUAGAUUACUGUAAAUGUUUCUUUUUUGGUGUUUUUUUGAUUUUCAUGAAACAAUUUUUUCUUGAAAUACAACCCGAUGAAAUGAAUAGCCAAUUCUUUCAUCCUUACUUUCACUCUGGGUCAUGGCCAGUAGACCUGAAAUCCACAAAUAUAGAUCCUGAAAAACUUACAGUUUUAGAAAAUCCAUAAAAUCAGGGACACAGUUUUUGGAAAUCAGAAAAAAUGAGGGACAACAAAAAAAGGACUUUUACAGUAAUGUUUAACAUUGAAAUUGGACCAACACCUGCCAUGAUCGUGUAAAUGAUUCCAAUAUGAAACAGAAACCCAUGCUGAUAUACAAAAUGUAUAUCUAUAUGUCUAAUAUAUCUGGUUCAUACAAGCUUAGAAAAGUGUAGGAGUUGGUGCCAGAGCUAUACAAUAGUCACUAGGUACUAUAAAACACUGUAAAAGGUAAAAUGUUCACGUUUGGAAAUGUUUGUGUUAACUUACUCACCGUGAAAAGCGUGAAUAUUUACAGUAAAGGUACCAUUGGGAAGUUCUGACCUUUGCUCAAUAUAACUUGAAAUGUGCUUGAUUAUUAUAGACUGGAGACAAUUAACAAUUUUUGGAUAAAUAACAAAUAAUUAAUUAAUUUUCUAUGGAGGACUAUUUCAAAGUUUUGUUACAAAUGGACUGUUUGAGAGUACUGUGUUGUUCAGAUAUAUCGUAAAAAGCUAAAUUAUUUAAUCUGUGUGAUCUGUAUAAUGGUACUUGAACUCCAAAAGCUGGAAAUCUACAACCCCGUUUUCUAAAAAAACAAAUGGACCUAGAUGCAAGAAAGUGCUUGAGAAAUUUUGUCCAAGCAUGUCUGUUUGAACCAUGUACAAUGUACUUUUUUGUUGAACUUUAUUAAAUUGUCCCUAUAGAUGUCUGUGAAUAUAUAUAGUUUUUAUGAAAACUGUGAGUUGUCUUUGGUAAGAUACAACUUUCAGAGGUAUCUUUGAUCAGGCUAUAUUCAUGUGUGAUGCAAAUUCGGAAGAUAUUGUUCAAAAUCAAAUUUCCCUGUUUUCAUGUGCCCUAUUUUCAUUUUCCCUAUUUUCAAUUUCCAUAUUUUAAACUCAUUGUAAAUGCUUUUAUGUAAGUGUGUAGUAUUUUUGGUAUAUGAUCAGAAAUUCCCAUUAUAUUCUUUCACCAUUUCAAUAUCUCCUGAACGACGCGGAUAUUAGGUACUCGCAGAAAAUACCUGGUAUGUGUGCUAUUGUAAUCAGGUGCUAUACAUCUUACCAUUAGCCUUUAUGUUACCGUUAACCAUGGCACCAAGUACUUUAGUUUACCGUGGUCUGUUUACCUGGUACUGGGUCUACUGUAAAUCGCGGGUUCGAGACCUAUACGUGCAGCAUUUACCAGUAUGGUACGGUUUUUCUCCGGAACUCCGGAAGUUAAGUAGUGUUUUAUCAAAGCUGUAGUCAUACUGGACCACACUGUCCAGUGGGUAGGUACAGUUUUUGGCAGUGGUACGGGGAUCCGUGAAAGUGAUUCAAAUACAAAAGAAUGGCAUUUUCAUCUUUCUUUUUUGUUAUAAAGUAAUUGACAUUGUGAUAACUUUUUCUUGAAAGACCCACAUUUUCUCGUCUUGACUGUAGGUUUUAUUAUCUUUUACUAACUUUGUUAUAGUCCUUAUGAGUUAUGUGUUGUCUUUCUACAUUGUUAGUUAUUUCAUUGCUUUUAGAAAAAAAACAGAAGCUGAAAUGAAUAUUAAAUGUUCUUAUAUAUAUAAUAAGCCAUGUGAAGGAUGCACAUUUUUGCCAUAUUUUCAACGGAUCUGUAUUCAAAUGUCCGUUUCGCUGCAAUAUUUUUUUUGGGUGGGGGGUGGGGGGGUUAAUUAUUUUUUGCCAUUGUUUCAUCGACUUUGAAUUCAAAUUUCGGGCUUUCAGUUGUUUUGUUUGCACACAAUUCGGUAUUCUCAUAGAAUAUAUCGUCGUUAGCUGAUUAGCUCAGUCGUAAAAAUAUAUUUUUAAAUGUUACUUUUUAUAAUUUCUUCAAAUUAACCAAUAUGAUUUCUGUGUUUUUGUCUCUCGAUGAUCAUUUGAAAAUAAUGUAAGUUUUGACUAUCUUUGACCUAUUUAUGAUGAAGGAAGAAUCUACAUAUUGUAAGACUGACAAGGCUUUUGAAAGAAUGUUCUCUGAACUAGCUGC